AUUUAAGCAUGUAUAGGUUAAGGUUUUUUCAAAAUUUAAUAAAAACGCGACAUUUAUUUGAAAACAAGUUAAAUUAUGUCGCAGUAAAAUCAGCCUUAACUCAAGAUUUAUCAUAUUCAAAAUUAAAACACGCCCGGUUAAAUCAUAACCUCGCUAACAAAAACGUAACAAAUUUAAGCGAGAAAGAAUUUGUGGCGCAAUUAAAAAAUGAUCCGGAUAUAUUUGGCGGAAGACUGGAAGAAAAAAUAUUGGAUGAAGGUGAUAUUGCUGAAGAGAAACAUUUUACCGAACAGGUUCAUCCCAGCAAACGAUUAAGUACAAAACAAUAUGCAGACUUAAUAAAAGGGCACUUAAGAAAAAGGAAAAUCAAAGAAGCACUUGAUGUCUUGGAAGUAAAAAUGUUAAAGGAAGAUAAGGUCAAACCAGAAAGUUAUAUUUACAAUUUAUUGUUAGGGGGAUGUGGUAGAGUUGGUUAUACAAAAAAAGCAUUUCACUUGUACAAUGACAUGAAAAAAAGGGGUUUAAAAGUUACCGAAGGCACAUACACUGCUCUGUUUAAUGCAUGUGCUAACAGCCCUUGGCCUCAAACAGAUGGCCUGUCAAGAGCUAAACAUUUACAAGAAAUUAUGAUUGAAAAACAAUACAACCCAAACGACACUAACUACAAUGCCAUGAUUAAAGCAUUUGGAAGAUGUGGAGAUAUACCAACUGCUUUUAAUUUGGUGGAUGAAAUGAUAACUAAGCAAAUGCCCAUAAAAAUUGACACUAUAAAUUUUCUUAUACAAGCAUGCAUAACUGACAAGGAGGCAGGUUUUAGACAUGCUUUAUUGGUUUGGAGAAAAUUGGUAAAUAAAAGGAUUAAACCUGAUAUUUACACAUACAAUUUGAUGCUUAGAAGCAUAAAAGAUUGUGGAUUGGGAGAUUUAGAGACUACAACUGAUGUUAUUAAGAAAAUCGUUUCUGAAGGUGAAAGUAAGAUGAAUUCAGUCAGACAAAUUGAAGAUAAAGAAACCAUACCUCUUCUAAAUACAAAUAUCAAUGAAAAAUCAAAUGAACAACUUACUGUUCAAGUAGUGGACAACACAAAUAAAUUACCAGCACAUAAAGAAACAUCACUUAGGCCUAAUUUAAUGGCUAAUACGCCAUAUUUGGGAAAUAUUAUCUCACUUUCUGAAGUUUUAAAACCAGAAGACAGGCUACUUUUAGUGGGUGGUUUUCCAGGUUUCAUCAAAAGUAUGGAAGACCACAAAUGCAGUCCAGAUUUAAAAACCUUUACCCAACUUCUAUUGGCAAUUCCAGGAACUCUUUCAGCUGAAAAUGAGUUGCUUGCAGUCAUAAAAAAGAUGAAAGUUAAACCUGAUAUUGAUUUUUAUAAUAUGCUUAUUAAAAAAAGGAGCAUGAGGUGUGAUUAUGCUGGAGCUAAGGAUGUUUUGAAAUUAAUUGAUAGGAUAAAUUAUUAUCCUGAUUUGGUUACCUAUGGGGUUUUAGCCAUUGGAUGUCAAACCAGAGAAGAAGCUGUUGAGUUAAUUAUGACUAUAAAGGAUGCUGGUUUUAGAUUAAAUUCUGAAAUACUUGGGGCAAUGUUACAUCAAGCAUGUUACAUUUUUAACUACCAAUAUGUGUUUGAAAUAAUGGAAACAGCUUUAAGGGAAAAUGUUAGCAUUAAUAAACAGUUCUUGCAGCAUCUUAAUAAAUUUUACAACUUUUGCAAGGAAAAAUCAAAUACUCAGACACUUACAAAAGCACAAGAACGUCAAUACACAAUAUUUAAGAAAAGGUACAAGAAUUGGCUAAAUGAAAUUCAAAUUGAUAAAAAUGAAGAAGCCCAUCCCUGGCAACAAUACAGACAGAAAACUGUAGGGAAUGAAAAGUAUUUUAAGACUAAAGAUACAGCUAGAUUUAAGCCUAAACACAAUUCUAUGUUUAAAGUUAAAACAUCUCCCAAACAUAAAGAGUAAACCUGUGAUUAUAAUAAAUUAAAUAAAACUAUUUUUAGGAGAACUUGUUUAUUGU